UUCGGACUCCAGGAAAUGACUCUACAUUGAAUGUGGUUUGUGGAUUUACCAGUAUAUCUAGAUCCCGGAUUUCAACCUAAUAGCAUCUAUAGAUAUAUCUAUAUCUAUAUAUUAUAUUAACGGUGCGCUUGUUUUGGACCAACUCAAUCGAUGUUCUCUCAGGACUGUAAACCACUGAUGCUGAUGAAAAAGAGAGGCCGUACGUGUUUGAUCGCGUCCAGCAUGGCUUCGCUAGCAGUGCUCAUGAUGGUGUUGUACGGCACCAUCGGCACUCAGCAGCCGGGCAGCUCCGGCCUCAGGCAGGACUACCAGCUGCUGGGGAGACCUCUUUACAAGCUGGACCUGAACUGGCCGAAGAAUCCCGAGCUCUUCACCGGGGACGUGUUCGCAGUAGCUGCCAACCAGCACACCGGUGUCGUGUAUGUGGCGCAGAGAGGUGGCAAUGUGCCCAAGGUGCUGGUGUUCACCACAGACGGAGACUUCCUCAUGUCCUGGAACACAACCACCCUGGAGAUGCCUCACGGUUUAUUUUUAGCAGACGCUGCCUCUUCAAAUCCCACCGUGUGGAUCACAGAUGUGGGGACCGGCCCGUACGGACACUGCAUCAAACAGUACUCCCCAUCUGGGAAGCUCCUGCAGGUGCUUGGUACACCGGGGAAGGCAGGCUCUGGGAUGAACCCUCUGCAGUUCGAUAAUCCGGCUGAGAUCUUCGUCCACGACUCCGGAGAGAUUUACAUCGUGGACGGAGACGGUGGGGUGAACAACCGCCUCAUCAAGCUGUCCAAAGAGCAGCAGGUGAUGUGGAUGCACGGAGAGAAGGGACAAGGCCCGGCUCAGUUCAACAUCCCCCACAGCGUGACUGUGGACAACUUCCAGAGGGUGUGGGUGGCCGACAGGGGGAAUAAGAGGAUCCAGGUCUUUAACUCCAUCACCGGGGACUGGCUGGGGACGUGGGGGAGCUGCUUCACGGAGGAUGCGCCCUAUUCAGUGCGCCUGACCCCGGACAAGAAGUACUUUGUCGUUGUCCAGCUCAACACCAACCAGAUUACGCUGCUGGACGCUCCACCGGUGGGUUUGAUUGGCCAGUGCAGUGUGGCCAGUGUGAUCCAGCUGGCUGACGAAGUGAAGCCCCACCUGGUGGACCUGGACCUGAAGACAGGGGCCCUGUAUGUGGCUGAAAUCGGAGCUCAGCAGGCCCAGAAGUUCACCCCCUUCAGUCUGGGUGGGGGCUUCCUGUAGUGCCACACUUUGAAAUGGCACAAUCGAUCAGAAACUAACUGUGCCUAUAAUUAACAUUACCAAUCCAUUAAAACUGGACUGAAAAUGUCCGCCUGUUCCGUAAUCUGCAAUCAUGUGAUCCAGAAAAAAAGCCAAUUUUUGUCAGAAUGAAGAACCCGACAAAUCAGACGAGACAUCAGAGAUUAAGGUGUCCCCUGUCUCAUAGAAAUUACAUUUUUAUAUUACGAGUUUGUAAUAACCCUUGUGUUUCCGUUAGAAUGAACCUUCAUAUCUACAAAGGGAGCGAGUCCUUCAUGUUGCACCGCCAGGUUUCUACGGUAGCCCAGAGCAGACAAACCAAACACUGACGUUGGAUAGCGCCACACACGCUCUCCAACGCGCUGUCAUGCGGGAGAAGUUUCGGUUGGUUGCAGUCUAGAACCUCACCGCGAGAUGCCACCAGAUCCUACACACAGGCCCUUCAAGGGUCCUGUGUGCCUGGUAGUACCGCUCACUAACCCAUCCACCAUAUCUGACAAAACCAUUUACUAUAUAAAUGUCAUUAUUUUGAGACAGGGUUUCCUCUGACUAAGCAU